AAGCAGCCAUCAUUGAGGAUGAGCACCUUUUUCCUGGAUGGAUGCUGACCAGUUUGCUCUUUCUGCAGAAGUACAUGAAGCCAACCUGUAAAACACUUAGGCUUUCUAAUGUCACUGCAUUGAACUCUUCACAAAAAUUUUGCUAGAUCCAUGGGUAGUGCCUCCAGAGCAUGGUUUAAGCUCCUCAAGGCAGUUCUGUACUCACUGAUCUCAGAGCAGCUGAGCCAAGUUUGCAAGUCUGACCUAUCGAAAGUGGGUGUAGUAAGUUAGCUCUGGCACGCUGCGGUUUCAUGAGUUGUGCCAGUUUCUGAAGAACAGAAACUGAAGAAUAGAAAUUGAAAGACAAGAAGCUCUGACGGGGAUAAACAGUAGGCAAGACAGCGGCUUGAAUCUAUACCUGAAAACAAAGAGAGCCAGGAGCUCCUGCCUUACACUAGUCAGCUUUGUGAUUUAUUUCCAGCAGUCAACAUGCAAGGGUGGAAACUGGAAGCAGAGGAAUUUUUGAGCAACUUCGGUCCCUCAGAACACCCAGAAGUUACUUAUCUUUUGUAUGAAAUUCAGUGGGGAAGAAGUCGCAGAACAUGGAAGAACUGGUGUAGAAACAUUCACCCCGAACAUGCUGAAAUCAUCUUUCUGGAAGAUGAGGAGGUACACGACCGACCAGACAUCCCAUGCAAUAUCACUUGGUUUGUGCCUUGGACACCUUGUGGUGCAUGUGCCUAUGAGAUCAUUGCAUUCUUGGAGGAACGUCCCAAUGUGAACCUGGAAAUACUAGCUGCGCAGGUGUACAAGCCUUAUGACCAUCGCAAUCGGAAGGGCCUCAGAGACUUAGCUGAUGAAGCCCAGAUAUCUAUCAUGGAGUUCUCUGAUUAUCAAUAUUGUUGGGAGAAGUUUGUGGAUCAUCAGGGGAUGAACUUAAGGGCAGGAAGAGGUUUCUCAAAUCAGAGACGGAUUGAUUCCAGGCAACUUGAUUCAAUCAUCAACCCAUUUUGAAUUGUCCCGGGUUGCCAAGAACAGCCACAUGCCUAGCAGUUCACUAUGAUUUCCUUGAUGCAAUGAACAAAUCCCUACACAGAUAUAUGCUUUGUGUAGUUGCAAAUAUAACUGCUUCUUAAAAAUUAUACUGCACUGUUUCUUAUUACGAGGGCUAUCCAGAAAGUUCAUUACGUUUUGGAAUUAAAAAUAAACAAAGUAUAGAAGAAAACAUUUACCAUAUUCAGUUGAAAACCAGACCCAAAUACCAGUUCUCACCAUAGUCCCAACUGAAAUCUAGGCAGUUAACAUGGCGAUAAAAGUGUUGGGAAAGCCCUCCCACCACAACAUUCCCACCUGGCUUCCCUUCCCUCAGCUGCGCAUGUGCUGCACUCAGCUUUCCCCACAAUCUUCCUGGAUCGCUCUUUCGUUUUGCAAAUGCUUGCAAGGAAUGCGCUCUUCUAAGGUUUUGCAAGAAGCACACCUUUCCUGUCCCAAAAAAACCUUCCUUACAAGCGUUUGCAAAACAGAAGAGCAAUCCAGGAAGAUCGUGGGGAAAGCUGAGCGCAGCACAUGCGCAGAUGAGGGAAGGGAAGCCAGCCUGGUUCAGUACGCAAGCAAGGUGGGAAUGUUGGGGGGGGGGGAGGGCUUUCCAAACACUUUUAUCACUAUGAUAACUGCCUAGAUUUCAAUUUGGGUCUGGCUUUCAACUGAAUAUGGUAAAUGUUUUCUUCUAUACUUUGUUUAUUUUUAAUUCCAAAACAUAAUGAACUUUCUGGAUAACCCUCGUAAAUCAACAUAGCUGUUUGCAUUCAUUUUUCAAAAACCUCAAUUUGUUCCUGUGCAUGUGCCACUAUUGGUGUUGCUAAUACUUCCUCCACAAUUUUUAUGAUAUUGUGUAGCAUUAGCGAUAAUUUGAUUUAGAGGGGAGCUCCAAGCUGUAUGAUGCAUUACUAGCCGAAUGUAAUUUUUCUGAUCUUGAAUAAAUCAGAGUUUUUCCUCUA